UCAGUGUUGAGAGGCGCGACCACAUGAAAGCGACACCGCCUGGAGCAAACAACACAUCCAACAGACACUCGCAGACGACCAGAGGAUGUGCGCUUCAGCCUACAGUACAUACCUGCUCUGCCGACACUGGUGCGUCACUGGAAAGAUACGGCGAGUCUCGGCGCAGCAACGUCAGGUUGGUGACGAAGACGUCGAGACGCAGAAGGGUCCGCGAGCGGCAUCCUGCGGGGAUAGUCACAGAGAGAGAGGAGGAGACAUCACCGCAGGUUUCCCUCUUUGUCUAUCUUGUAGUAGCCGUACACAGCUCAUGGGUCGGAAAAGCGUCCCUCAUCUUGUCGUGCUCGUCAGGCGUUAUGUCGAUGAGGGUCAGUGAUGUCCGCAAGGUGUCGUCGAGGGUACAGCCGUACGACACGCGCAUGUACAGGGAGACACCGUCAGGCAUACCCCGGUCAGCCGCGCUUGCCGCUGCGGCGGCCUGUGGCUGCUCAGUGUGGGUGGCCUUCUUGUCAUAUGCCGCUGAACAAAGAAAGCGAAACAUUCCAUUCAAAGCGGCUCAGAUGAGUGUGGCUGUGCACCUCCGCCGUGCAGGCCCAUUCCAAAGCCCAUGUGCAUCUUGCCGGCCUCCUCGAACGGCACCACAACCGAGGAGAAGAGAAGAUGCCCCACAGGUGACACAGGCUCUUCAGCACACUCUUGGCGCGGUCGAGGUACGUCUCCCCGUGGGAGAGGUGCUCAAGGGCCUUGACAGCUUGCAGUGGGAGGGGGGACGGCAGGGCAGAUGUGAGCUCCAGAAUGGCGGCGUACUGCCCCAUGCUCGCCUGUUGCAAGUAUUGCGGCAGGCGGGAGAGGUCUCGCGGCGGGCGGGCCAUGCGGGCGUAUGGGGCGUUGAACUUGAAGACAUCAUCCAGGUGCAAGUCGCGCACCAU